CCUGGUACAAGGGGUUAGGGAAGACAUCCUGGAGGAGGUGGUAACUAAACUAGGACCUACCUGAAGACGGAGAAGCAGUUAGCUAGGCAUGGUGUGCCAAGCAAAGAGAACAGCGUGGGCAAAAGGCCAGAGGUCUGCUGGGAACUGGCCCAGGUGAGGGUGGCAGGCCUACUUCUCCCGGUGGUUUUCGUGUGGUCGUGGCUGCAGGAGCAAGGACUCAGGGCAAGGGGGAGCUGGGAGCCCCAGCCCUGCUGCAGGGCCCAGCAUGGCGCCAUUCCUGCGCAUCGCCUUCAACUCCUACGAGCUGGGCUCACUUCAGGCUGCGGGUGAGCCGGGCCAGCCCUUCUGCGCCGUGAAGAUGAAGGAGGCGCUCAGCACAGAGCGCGGGAAGACGCUGGUGCAGAAGAAGCCCACCAUGUACCCGGAGUGGAAGUCCACGUUCGACGCGCACAUCUACGAGGGCCGCGUCAUCCAGAUCGUGCUGAUGCGGGCCGCCGAGGAGCCGGUGUCCGAGGUGACGGUGGGCGUGUCCGUGCUGGCCGAGCGCUGCAAGAAGAACAACGGCAAGGCUGAGUUCUGGCUGGACCUGCAACCCCAGGCUAAGGUGCUGAUGUCUGUGCAGUAUUUCCUGGAAGAUAUAGAUUGCAAGCAGUCCAUGCGGGGUGAAGAUGAGGCGAAGUUUCCAACGAUGACCCGCCGUGGAGCCAUCAAGCAGGCCAAGAUUCACUACAUCAAGAACCAUGAGUUCAUUGCUACCUUCUUUGGGCAGCCCACCUUCUGUUCUGUGUGCAAAGACUUCGUUUGGGGUCUCAACAAACAAGGCUACAAAUGCAGGCAAUGUAACGCUGCCAUCCACAAGAAGUGCAUCGACAAGAUCAUCGGCCGGUGCACAGGCACGGCAGCCAAUAGCCGGGACACCAUAUUCCAGAAAGAACGUUUCAACAUCGACAUGCCGCACCGGUUCAAGGUUUACAACUACAUGAGCCCCACCUUCUGUGACCACUGCGGCAGCUUGCUCUGGGGGCUGGUGAAGCAGGGGCUGAAGUGUGAGGACUGUGGCAUGAACGUGCACCACAAGUGCCAGAAGAAGGUGGCCAACCUCUGCGGCAUUAACCAGAAGCUCUUGGCCGAGGCAUUGAACCAAGUCGGCCAGAGAUCAUCCCGGAAGUCGGAGUCAGAGCCUGUUGGGAUCUACCAGGAUUUUGAGAGGAAGCCAGGAGUCGCAGGAGAUGAUGGUCCAGACACCGGGACGUAUGGCAAGCUCUGGGAGGGCAGCACCAGGUGCGCCAUUGAGAACUUCACCUUUCACAAGGUCCUGGGCAAAGGCAGCUUUGGCAAGGUGCUGCUGGCAGAGCUCAGGGGCAGGAAGGAGUUCUUCGCCAUCAAGGCCCUCAAGAAGGACGUGGUCCUGAUUGAUGACGACGUGGAGUGCACCAUGGUGGAGAAGCGGGUGCUGGCGCUCGCCUGGGACAAUCCCUUUCUCACCCACCUCUACUGCACCUUCCAGACCAAGGACCACCUGUUCUUCGUGAUGGAAUUCCUCAAUGGGGGGGACCUGAUGUACCACAUCCAGGAUAAAGGCCGCUUUGAGCUCUAUCGUGCCACGUUCUACGCAGCUGAGAUAGUCUGUGGACUACAGUUUCUGCACUCCAAAGGAAUCAUUUACAGGGACCUCAAGCUGGACAACGUAAUGCUGGACUGGGACGGCCACAUCAAGAUUGCUGACUUUGGGAUGUGCAAGGAGAACAUAUUCGGGGAGAAACAGGCCAGCACCUUCUGCGGCACCCCUGACUACAUCGCCCCCGAGAUCUUGCAGGGCCUGAAGUACUCGUUCUCCGUGGACUGGUGGUCCUUCGGGGUCCUUCUCUACGAGAUGCUCAUCGGCCAGUCCCCCUUCCACGGAGACGAUGAGGACGAGCUCUUCGAGUCCAUCCGUGUGGACACACCGCAUUAUCCCCGCUGGAUCACCAAGGAGUCCAAAGACAUCCUGGAAAAGCUACUCGAAAGGAACCCAUCCCAGAGGCUGGGAGUGACAGGGAACAUCAAAACCCACCCUUUCUUCAAGACUAUCAACUGGACGCUUCUGGAGAAACGUGCAGUGGAGCCGCCCUUCAAGCCCAAAGUGAAGUCCCCCGGAGACUACAGCAACUUCGACCAGGAGUUCCUGAGCGAGAAGCCACGUCUCUCUUACAGUGACAAGAACCUCAUCGACUCUAUGGACCAGACUGCCUUCGCUGGCUUCUCCUUUGUGAACCCCAAGUUUGAGCGGCUCCUGGAAAAGUGAGGUUCUCAGACGUUCCCAUAAUCUGCCCUCGCCAGGGGGCUGGGUCAGCCCACACGGCCUGCCCACCCAGCCCGGGCAUAGCAGGCUGGCUCCCCCACCGCAGCCCCUGCCUGUCCCCCACAAUAAGCAGCAGUGUGACUGUCGCCGUGUGGCUGCCAUCUGCCCCCUGCCUCCAGGAGGGCCCUCGGCUCCUGGCUGGCUGGGCCCUUUAUGGUACUUCCUCUGUGAACUGUGUGUGAAUUUGCUUUUCCUCUGUCCUCAGAGGGAAAUUGUAAAUUCUGUGUUUCAUUACUUGAAUGUAGGUUAUCUAUUGAAAAAAUAUAUUAUAAAUAUAUAUAUAUACACACACAUAUAUAAUAGGCUGUAUAUAUUGCUCAGUAGAAAAAAACCAUGGGGAAUUGGUGAUGUGAUCUUUUAAAAACAUAUAUGUAUAUGUAUAUAUACAUUAAAAAAAAAAAUUGGAGCACAAACA